AUGAGUGACAGAGCGCUCGAAGCUCUUGCCGAACGCGUUAGUGCAAGGAGGGAGAGCGACGAUUUCGGCAGUGACGAAGGACGGCAAGCCCUCGAGGUCAUCUUCGAAGGACAAUCCACACCGCGACGCAAAUCCUCCAUUGUCAAGAACAUGUCGCGACCCGGCGCAACACGAAACGACACAUCAUGCUUCAUCCACAGCAUGCUGGAAGAGAAAGAGGAUGGUACCAGACACGAGAAGAGUAUCGAGGCUGAACAUCAAGAAAGACCGGCAGACAAAGCCUCGGGCACGCCUCCACAACAUGGCGACCACAUGCAGUCGCGACUGCUCACCAAGAAGCAAUUGUCUGAUAUGGCAUUUGGUAUUCGUGAGCUGUCGAAGCGGCUGGGUCGAGUCAAGUUGAUGCUCAAAGUCAAGAAUGUCUUUGUGCUUACCAAGCUCACUGAUGCCACCCUCUGCGCCCAAGCGGCAGAGCUGACAAAGUGGUUGCUGAACCAGGAGGCACAGUACACCGUAUACGUCCAAGAUAAACUAAGGGAUAUGAAAUCCUUCGACGUUGAUCAGAUUCUUGAAGGUGACGAGUCAAAGACUAGUCGCCUAAAGUACUGGGAUGAGGAACUCUGCAGAAAGAUGCCACACAAAUUUGACAUCGUUCUCGCGCUUGGUGGUGAUGGUACUGUUCUCUUCGCCUCUCUCCUGUUCCAACGCAUCGUACCCCCAGUUCUCAGUUUCGCCCUGGGCUCGCUAGGUUUCCUUACCAAAUUCGACUUCAAGAGAUACCCAGCAAUUCUUCCUCGAGCAUUCAACGACGGCAUCACUGUUUCUCUUCGUCUACGAUUCGAAGGCACCAUCAUGCGAAGCAUUCGUCGCAACGGCGAUAGUGAUGAUGAUCACAAGCAAAGAAGAUUGGAUGAGGAACUCAUAGGUGCCGAAGCUGAUGAUCAUCACACCCAUAAGCCGGAAGCUGCAUACCACAUUCUGAACGAGAUUGUACUAGAUCGUGGUCCUUCUGGAUCCAUGGUUUCACUGGAUGUCUACGGCGACGAAGAAUGCUUCACCACUAUUGCGGCGGAUGGUCUCAUUGUUGCCACCCCGACAGGUAGUACAGCUUACAACAUGGCAGCAGGUGGUAGUCUCUGCCAUCCAGAUAACCCGGUCAUACUACUGACCGCCAUCGCUGCCCAUACUCUAAACUUCAGACCUAUCAUCCUUCCCGACACCAUGGUCUUGCGUAUUGGUGUACCAUAUGACGCACGCACUUCCGCAUGGACCAAUUUCGAUGGCAAAUAUAGAACCGAGCUUAAGCCUGGCGACUAUGUCACCAUAUCCGCUUCUAGAUUCCCAUUCCCCGGCGUACUACCCUUGAACAAACGUAGCGAAGAUUGGAUCGAAAGUAUCUCGCGCUCAUUCGAUUGGAACUCGCGGACCAAGCAAAAGCCAUACACGGAAGAGAAGAAGAAGGAUGAGACCGAGAGCAAGGAAGAUGGUGAGAAUCAGGAAAACGGCGACGCUAAGGCUUAG